AUGGUACCGUACCGACUGAGAACCAGCAGAGUAUUUGUCUCCUUUCACGAGUGCGAUAGGGGGGGAUGUCACAUUAGACGCGCUCCACACCACAAGAGUUCAAGUGUUCGCGGGGGUUCAAGCAACGACGAUGCACCUGUGUCAGGCACUAUUAGAUACCGGAAGUCCGGCGUCGUUCAUACAACAAAGGUGGCAUUUCGACGUCUAUGGCAAAAGGUGCCCGCGCAUAUACGAGAUGUUCGCUUCAAUUUCAACGCGGAGUUGUGGGAACCCGAAGACAUAAUAAAGCUAAGUGAUCUGUUAUGCAAAUAUGAGCACAGAUUUUCAAGGGACGGUACUGAUUUGGGACAAGUAAAGGUGGAUCCGUUCCGAAUUAUUUUGAAACCGGGAGCACAGCCGGUGAAACAACGGCCGUAUCGAUAUUCGCCGAUCAUAAACGAAAAAGUGCAGAUAGAAAUUGACAAACUGCUGUUGGCAGGGGUCUUGCGACGAUCCUACAGUAAUUGGGCAAGUCCCUUGGUCGUGGUCGCAAAAGCUAAUGGAGGAGUACGGUUAACUGUGAAUUACAAAAAAGUGAACCAAAUGAGCGUUAUACCGAAACUACCGAUACCAGUAGUAGAGGACAUUCUGGCGGAUCUGAAGUCGGCAAAAAUAUUCAGCACUCUGGAUUUGAUCAGUGGAUUUUUCCAGUGUUGUAUUGAAGAGGACAGCAUCCCGAUCACUGCAGUUAUUACGGCCACCGGUUUAUAUGAAUUCAUGGCUAUGCCGCAAGGAUUGUCGAGUAGCCCAGGGUGGUUCCAUUCAGUCAUGCAACGCGUGUGUGAUGGGCUGGAGAGGGUGCGAUUAUUCAUUGAUGAUGUUAUCGUAUACUCCCGAAAUGGUGCAGAACACGUGCAGGAUCUGGAAAAGUUUUUCGAGCGCAUGACAAAGUUCAAUCUGAAGCUAGCGCCGAAGAAAGCACAAUUGGGGGUGAAGGUGGUAACGUUUUUGGGACAUCAAGUAACGGCUGAAGGGAUCGAGCCAUGUCCGAAGAAGGUGCAAGCGGAGUGAUUCCUGCGAGAAUGGGUCCUGUCUUGGGUGGGCGAAAACGCCCGACGCAAGCCGACCCUCGCAAGAAUUUUGUGUUGGGGGAAGAUGACCAUCAGCCGUUCACGACCGAUGAAGAGGCAGAUAGGACGUGGCAGGCCAAACCGAAAUCCGGGACAGUUCGACAGGCUGUUGGGGGAUGAACCUGUAAGGACAUACGUGCCUCUGAUGUUACGACCUUGGUGAUGGACUGCGCACACAAAGAAGCAGUACACCUAGGUGAGAAG